AUUCACUGCAGAAACAUGUUGUUGAGAUCAGAGCUCAGAUUAGUUUCAGUUAUAAGGAAGAGAAACUCACACAGUCACUGACACUGAGAGGAGAAAUGGCGCAGAAAGGAGUUCAGCUGGACCGAGAAACCUUCUCUUGUUCCAUCUGUUUGGAUCUACUGAAGGAUCCGGUGACUACAGCCUGUGGACACAGCUACUGCAGGAACUGUAUUAAAGGUUUCUGGGAUGAAGAGGACAGGAAGGGAAUCAACAGCUGCCCUCAGUGCAGGAAGACUUUCACACCAAGGCCUGUCCUGGAGAAAAACACCAUGUUAGCAGCUUUAGUGGAGCAGCUGAAGAAGACUGGACUCAAAGCUGCUCCAGCUGAUCACUGCUAUGCUGGACCUGAAGAUGUGGCCUGUGAUGUCUGCACUGGGAGGAAGCUGAAAGCCAUCAAGUCCUGUUUAUCUUGUCCAGCCUCUUACUGUGAGAAACACCUCCAACCUCACUAUGAUGUAGUUCAGUUUAAGAAACACAAGCUGGUGGCCCCCUCCAAGAAGCUCCAGGAGAACAUCUGCUCUCACCUAAGGGCAACACAGGAGGCAGAGCUAAGGGCAACUGACCUGGGUACUGAACAAGAAAUGACUGGGCUGAUGACCGGGCUGAAGUCUGGGCGGCUGACCAGGCUACGGGCUGAAGUGGUGGUUGUGGUGGAAGCAGAGCAGGUGGUUGAGUGGCUGACUGAGCUCCCGGCCGGGUAG